CCAGUCAGCAGGGAGUGCACUAUUGAGACGGAGAGGUUCUUCCACUUCCAGGAUUUAAAGUCAUCCUGCUUCACCACUUUGGGCACAGGCAGCCUUUGCAGCAACCGGUGGAUCACCUUGAAAAUCAGAGCGAACACCAGCACUGACUUGCCUGGGUGACGCUUCAGCACAGGAACCAGGGCGUCCAUCCUGUCCUCUGCUCUCCCUCCCUUCUCUGUACGCUUGCUCUUACUCUCUACAGCUUCCUCUCUUUGUCUUUUCCCCUCUUUUCGAUUUUCCACGCUCCUGUAAACGUCUCGUGGUGUCAGUGAUGGACAGAUUUGCACGGUAUCAGAUGGGGCAGGGCAGGGGAGUCGCUACUGCAGCUGCGAGAGAUGAUCUUCUGUUUUUAAUAAAGUUUUAACUAAGUUUCUAAGAGCUGAGUGUCCGAUUUACGCUGCAGCCUUUUUUUCUUCUCACGUUGUAAGCGCCCAGAGUCCGUGGUGGAGAUUAUCGUAACAGGUCAAUCCAACGUAACAAUGUUUGUCUUCAAGCAGCGCCUUCUGAUUGUAUGUGUUGCCGCCCUUAGCCCGCUCGUCUGUGCAGAAUGAAGAGUGGGAGUGGCGGUGAGGGGUGGGCGGUGCUGCUGCGCCGUUUAAAAAUAAAAACAAGGAGGGACAAAGAUGUGAUCACGUUACACAAGUAAUCACAGAGCAGGGCUACCGAAACGAGAUUUUAGCUGGCCCCUUUGCAGCCCAGUGGAGGAAAAGGAAGUGAGUAAAACUUGUCAGGAACAGCUAAGACCCUCCACACAUUACCAUCCGCACCACAGAUGCCUCUGUGAAAUAUACAUCCACGAGUAUGAGCUCCAAGUGCAAGAAGACAACACCAAGUUCAGCAGCAGCUCAAGGAGGGAGAAGGAAAUAAAUAUCAAAGGGGAAAAGAAGACCUCCAAGCCUACAAUGGGGCCCUCAGCAGUUCUGAUGAUCACAGCCACCACAUCUUAGAAGGAGACAGUAUCACCACCACCACCCUCAACAGAUAAUACUUUUAAAAAGAAGCUACUGUGUUAAUUGGACAUGAGUUUGCCCCCUAUAUCAAGAAACACAUACAGAGUAUGGGCUGCAAAAUAAAAACAACACCACUAGAUGGAAGCAAAGGCUCAUGUGAAGAACGAGCAUUUCCUUCAGACUGAUGCUGUUUUUCAGCUCAGUGACUCCGAGUUCUUCAUCAAACCACUUGGGGGCAUUUCUCCCCAAUAAACUCCAGGAAGACCCAUCUCGUUGAUGAUGAUGUGAUGAUGUUGAGAUGUACUAGAAAAUUCCCUGUCAUUAGUAAGGCCGCAAUUCCUUUCAUAAAAUGAUUCCAAAAUGUUCAAGUUACACUGCUACACAUGUGUAUUUAUGUGUGACUCAGAAAGAUAAAUAAAAGAGAAAGACUGGUCAAUAGGUCUAGUGCUCCAAGUGUGAAACUUGAAACAUGAACCAUAUAAUUAAUCUGCGUACAUCAGUUGAGUACAGGCUUCUCUGUAACAAGACACUUUGCAGUUAGAGAGAGAAAUGUAACUUAAUACCAUCUCUUGUUUUUCCUGGUUACCUCAACGUGCAUUUUGUUGUAGUGUGAGACAAUGAGAGUCUUUUGCUUUCAUAGUUUUAUCACCUGAAACCUCACAGAAUCAAGUUUCCAAAGAAACAGCUCAGGAUUUCUGACAGAAGGUGUUAUUGCAUCCAAGCCACAGCAAACACCAAACUGUUUAGAAGGUCUCCCGAUAUCAUUUGAUGUGUUUGAGACAGGAAUCUUUGUGCCUGGCUCAGCACAAUAUUGAUCUCGGGGUGAUUUUUCUUUCUCCUGAAGGCUGUUGAGAAACGGCUAUACUGUGGAGACUCUGCAAGUCUGCAAGAGGGGAAAUCUACGGGUUAAUUGAGCUGCAGCAACUGCUUCGUAAAUAGCCAAACAAAAGUAGGUUUGUCUUGUUCAGAGACAGAUUCUGUUUCGUUCUCAAGCAGUAAUGUAACUAAUUGACAUUGAUUAAAUACAUUUAUUAUAUCCAUACACUGUGUUCCUAACCCCCAAUCUAUAAGGUUUAAACUAGGAGUAACAUCUAGUGAACAGUGAAAAACUUACAGAGUAAAAAAAGUGCCACACACACAUAUAGAAAUAUAGACUGUAUGCUCACACACACAUGUUGGCUAGAGAGAGAGAGAGAGAGAGAGAGAGAAAGCACAGUAGUUAAUAAUAUUACCAACAAUUCAUUCAUUUUAUUAAUUGCACCUGUGCUUUUCCUUGUCUGUGAAAAAGGCCUAUGAGUUAAUGAUGAGAGAGAGCGAGGUGAAAGCAUCGAUGUGAGGAAACAACUUUCUGUCAAGUCUUAAGAAAUCUCUAAAGAUGAAUAGUUCAUACUUGAGGUUCAGCAUCAGUCUUCACUAUCCAAGACAGUGCAUUCCAGGUUACUGACUAUUGUGUCUUGAGACAGAACACAGCAGCACAAGGACAAAUAUGUCACUGAACUGGUCUGAGGAGUGCCACACAUUCUGCAAGUCUCCUGUAGGCGCUGCUUUGCUGAGAUAUUAUAUCCCUGAGAAAGAGAAAACUACUGUUUGUUAAACCCUCUCCUCGCUUAUCUUACCUCCACCUAACUUCAUUUUGAAAACUGCAAAUUGUAGAGAAAAGGUUAAAUUACAUGAAUAAUGACUGUUUGUGGUGAUAUAUCAUAAUUUCAGAUUGAUGAUAAUAGUGGAGGUACUUCAGCACAAAACAGAGCAGGCUUUGUCACAGCACAAAGCAUUUAUUAUCCCCAUGGCAGAGGGGAAACAGUGCUCAUGCAGCCCUCUUCCUGCUUAUCUCAGACAAGAGGAAGGCACUUUAUAAUCACCAGGCGUCUGGAUGUCAGACUACAGUAUCUGAAGUCCAUGCUCUAGUCGUUUCCUGUCACAAAUGUUAGACAACACUGUGCUGAAUACAUUUUUGGCAUGCCAGUACUAAGAUGACAUACAAUGUACUAGAAAAGCACUUUGUAACCUAAAAUACUCAGUCACUUUUCAAAAAGGAAAUUAUAUUGGUUGGAUGUGAUCUUUUCUUUGUCAUGACGACAGACUUCAAACUGGAUUGCUGUUAGUUGAAAAAGUGGAAAUUGUAAAAUCAAGCAUAACAAAAUAAAACCAAUUAUUUGCCGAUAUAUUCUUUGUUGAUAUCUUUGGUUUGUUCAGUGUUCACUGUGGCUGCACAACUUUACAUUUCAUGAUGUCCUGACUACAUAUCUGACCUAUAGUGUAUUUGUGUUUAAACUACUGUCUAUACUGUAUUUAUCUGAUCUAGUAAAUACCCCAUAUUCAUAUCAUACCUCCAGCUGUUUUUCUCUGUAUAUAAUGUCUUACUAUUUCCAUCACUUUACAGUGCCAAGAAAAAAUAUGUAAGCCCCUGGAUUGCUUUGCACACUUGCAUCAUAAAAUGUGGUCUGACACUGACAAAUUCACAGUAAUGGACAAGCUUCAUCUGCCUGAAAAAGUUAAAACAUUUGCAUGUUGGUGUAUAUAUUUAACUAUUUGCUUGAACAUUGAAAGUCAUGUUGGAAAAAGAAAGUGAAACCUUGUUUUUUGGUAACUAUCUUUCUUGCACAUGUUGAUCAUAGCUCCACAUUGGCCAGGCGAAUUUUCGACAAUUUUACUACUUAUUUUGUGAUUUCAGGAAUGUCUUUCGUGAAUGUCUCUCUUCAGUUCAUGUCACAUAAUCUCAAUUGAUUUGAAGGCAAGAUUAAUUUGAAACUUUAAAUUAAUCUAAGCCCACAGUUCAUUUUUCAAUGUGUUUAGGGGCACUUUCACGUUAAAUCUCCCAACUUCCCAAAUAUAGAUCACUUUAUUUUUGUUGGCACUGCUUAGCUGUACCAAAUAUUGUGCCUAUUGCAACAUGCUGCACAUUUUUCACUUUGUAUAUUCCUUUAUAGACAUGUCUUCCCCUUACUGUUAAUCCUAUAUACUAUAUUUAUUCUACAAACAAAACAUUGUGUUAAUGUCUCUAAAAUCCUUUACUCUGUGACUGAAAACAUUCAUUAAAAUAUAGUAGGCUCCUGUUGUAUUUUGCAGGAGAGUUUUUACUUCGCCUAAUUUUGUCCCUCGUCGCUUCCUGCAGUAGUUGGGACGGGUUGCCUGGAGACGGCGGAAACGUUUGGGAGCAGCGAUGGAGAAGUAUGAGAAAAUCAAAGUUGUCGGAAGAGGAGCUUUCGGGAUCGUUCACCUGUGCCGCAGGCGCAGCGACGGGGCCUUUGUCAUCCUGAAGGAGAUCCCAGUGGAGCAGAUGUCACGAGACGAACGUCUGUCGGCUCAGAACGAGUGUCAGGUCCUGAAACUGCUCAACCACCCGAAUAUCAUAGAGUACUAUGAGAACUUCCUGGAAGACAAGGCCCUGAUGAUAGCUAUGGAGUAUGCACCAGGUGGAACUUUGGCUGAUUACAUACAGAAGCGCUGUAACUCUCUGCUGGACGAGGACACUAUCCUUCACUUCUUUGUACAGAUCUUACUUGCUCUGUAUCACGUACACAACAAACUUAUCUUGCACAGAGACCUUAAGACACAGAAUAUUCUUCUUGACAAGCACCAGAUGAUCGUCAAAAUCGGUGACUUUGGCAUCUCCAAAAUCCUCGUCAGCAAGAGCAAAGCUUACACGGUGGUCGGUACCCCAUGUUACAUCUCCCCAGAGCUGUGUGAGGGAAAGCCGUAUAACCAGAAGAGUGACAUCUGGGCUUUGGGCUGUGUGCUCUAUGAGCUAGCUAGUCUUAAGAGAGCCUUCGAGGCUGCUAAUCUACCUGCGCUUGUUCUGAAGAUCAUGAGCGGAACAUUUGCUCCGAUUUCAGACCGGUACAGCCCAGAACUUCGACAGCUGAUCCUCAACAUGCUCAAUCUGGAUCCAUCCAAACGACCUCAACUCAAUGAAAUAAUGGCUCUUCCUGUAUGCAUCAGGCCCCUGCUCAAUCUCUACACGGAUAUAGGCAAUGUCAAAAUGCGCAGGAUUGAGAAACCACUGUCUGCUGUGCAUACUGGUCCUCAUGGUAGACCAGGAGGGAGAGUUCCCUCAAACAGGUCCAGAGAUGGAUCUGUCGGUUUAGGACCAGGGAAGGUGCAUUCCCUCCCGCUGUCAGCGGUGUACACGUGGGGAAGUGGAAUCUCAGCGCCUCUCCGCCUGCCGAUGCUCAACACCGAGGUGCUUCAAGUGUCUCUGGGCCGCACUCAGAAGAUGGGGGUGACCAGGUCUGGCCGUCUGAUUACAUGGGAGGCUCCAUCAGUGGGCUCCGGUGAGGCCAGUCUGCCCGGUGCGGUGGAGCAGAUGCAGCCUCAAUUUAUUUCACGUUUCCUUGAGGGUCAGUCUGGAGUCACCAUCAAGUCUGUGUCCUGUGGUGAUCUUUUUACCAUCUGCAUGACAGACAGAGGCAUUAUCAUGACGUUUGGAAGUGGCAGCAACGGCUGUCUAGGACACGGUAACUUCAAUGAUGUUACACAGCCCAAGAUAGUCGAGGCGCUCCUCGGCUACGAGCUGGUUCAGGUGUCAUGUGGUGCUUCCCACGUACUCGCUGUGACCAAUGAAAGAGAAGUAUUUGCCUGGGGAAGAGGAGACAAUGGUCGCCUCGGGCUAGGCACCCAAGACACGCACAACUCUCCGCAGCAGGUGUGUUUACCUGGGGAAUUUGAGGCCCAGAGGGUGGUGUGUGGAGUCGACUGCUCCAUGAUUGUCAGCACCCAGUACAGCAUUGUGGCAUGUGGAAGCAACAGGUUCAACAAGCUCGGGCUGGAUAAGAUAACAACUGGAGAGGAACCAAAUCCCUCGAAUCAGUUGGAAGAAGUCAAUUCUUACUCUCCAGUCCAAUCAGCCCCACUCAACAGUGAGAAGAUUGUUCACAUUGACAUUGGGACAGCCCAUUCUAUUGCUGUUACAGAGAGGGGUCAGUGUUUUACCUUUGGCAGCAACCAGCACGGUCAGAUGGGCUGUAGCUCCCGUCGUAGCAGCCGUGUUCCCUACCCGGUGCCCGGGCUGCAGGGCAUCACCAUGGCUGCCUGUGGAGACGCUUUCUCCUUAGCUAUCGGAUCUGAUGGGGAGGUGUACACCUGGGGAAAGGGGGCCCGCGGCCGCCUCGGAAGGAAAGAAGAGGAUUCUGGGAUACCCAAGGUGGUGCAGCUCGACGAGAGUCACCCGUUCACGGUGACAUCGGUGGCUUGUUGUCAUGGCAACACUCUGCUGGCAGUGAAACCUUUGCUUGAGGAACCUGUCCCGAGAUGACGAACCCACACCCACUCAGCGGUCGCCCUGAAGCCCAUCUGUGGCAUAAGGUGAAGCUUCCUCUGGAUAUAACUCUUCCCAGAGGCCCCCGUCUGUGCUGCCGUUGAAAGAUUUCCUUUCACGCCGCAGCUGCACCCUCAAAUUCUCACUUGGUCUUCCUCUCUCUGUUUUUUUUCUCUCUCUCUCUCUCUCUCUCUCUCUCUCUCUCUCUCUCCAGGAAUGAAUGUCUGUUUCAUUCUGCGUUUUGAUAUCAUGCAGCAAAGCACAGAAAAGGUGAAACCCUGUGUGUUUCAGCAGGUGUAUCUCUCACCAGGUUAGUUAAAAAGAAUGUUGCAACACUGUUACCGGAGAUGGGUUACAGGAAGUCAUUAGGCAGCUUUCAUGUUGCGAGCUAUUGUCCUCUCUCUCAUGCAGAGUUAGCAUGAUAAAGGCCAGUAACAGUCAAACUGGUUUGAGCUCUCUUAAGCCACUGGUGAAUGAGACGACACAAUGCAGAGAAACGAAAGGAACGAAAGCCACUUGAGUGUCAUCAGUCGAAUGAACCUAACACAAUAAUCUCCAUCGCAUUGUCAGCGCUCACAUUGUGCUUUAUUGGAUUAGUCCUCCAAUGCAUUUGUAACACAGCAGAUAACGAUGUGUUUUUCAGGGGUCAACAACGUCUUUAAGACUUAAUGACUGUGUCCGAAAUAACUCCCUUGUUCGCUCGUUCACUCGUUCACUACUCCCUAUAUAAUAGCCACUUAGUUUACUCUGCAGGGAGCCGUAAAUAUCGACAUGUAUGAAUCAUCUAAUUUCUUUCUUCUUCACUGACAUUCAUGUAGUUUGGCUAAUUGUAUUUGUAAGCAGAAAGUAUUGUAAAAUAAGAAAAGGUAUAACUUUAUUUGUCAUGAGGGAAAUCGUUGUGCAGCAGUUGCAAUACAAAGUCAGAAAGAGUGCAACAGCAACAACAACAACAACAAAACUAGAAAUAUCAAAAAACAUACAAAAUCUAAAGUAUAGGCAAUACCAAAAUAUGAACAAGGUUGACAGUAGGGAUCAUAAGUUGCUCAUAUACUUGGACACUAUUGUUUUUGUUGCAUUGUAUGUUAAUUUGGGGCACUAUUUAUAGAGCAUAGAUGUCACACUCUCACACUUUGGACACUCGAAGAAAAUGGUAGACAGCGAAUAAAGUGCACUAUACAAUAAAUGUGUUGUAACUCACAGAAAUGCGUAUUAUAUUUAAAAUGAGAUGGUACUGUGUAAACUGUAUUCAUAAGAUGACCUAGACUGUUAACUGUAAAUGUGGUGGAAGAGGAACUCAGACCUUCAAUAAGUAAAAGCACAUAAGUAUUUGCAUCAAAAUAUAGAAGUAAAAUGACUCAUUAUGCAGAAUGGCACUUUUCAGAAUAAUAUAU